AUGAAGGCAGCGCAUGUAACGAGGCUCCUCCGCUCUCACCGCUUUCGUGCUGCCGUAUCCUCCUCUCUACCUCCCUCCCUACCUGCCCCCUUACCUACCUCUCUACCUAACCCCCGACCCACCUACCUACCUACCUACGUCAUACACGACCAGGGCGUUCCCAGCGCUCCGGUGUUCUACCCAACCCCAGAGGAGUUCGCGGACCCAGUGUCGUACAUCGCAAAGAUCAGGCCCGAGGCGGAGAAGUACGGCAUCUGCCGUGUCGUGCCGCCGGCGUCG